CUCUCCUCCCUGUGACGUCGCUCGGUGUGGACCCAGGGUGUGCCGCUCUCUGGUCCCGUCUCAGCUCAGCUCAGUCCACCUCACCUGCCGCCUCUCAAAGCAGCGGGAGAAGCGCGUCAGGUUCGGGCUGUUGCUCCGAAUACCCGGCGUUUUUUUUUUUCUGUCCCUCUACUACUCCACGCCGCUCGUCUCGUCCCAAAUUUAACAGUAAACUGUUUCCACACUGCGUGAAGCGAGAGGAGAGAACCACUCAUUAAAUUAGAAAGAAAGGGUGACAAGAAGGAAAGAAGACGAGAGGAGUGAGACAGAGGAAGAAGAAGAAGGAUAAGGAGGAGGAGGAGGAAAGAGGUCGCUGUGGUCCUUCUCCGUUCAGCAGUUGCUGAAUCUCCCACCGAGAAGAUGCUGAGGAUAGGCUGCGUGUUGGCAGUGCUGGCUGCGGGGCUGAGCUCCGCUCACACCAAAGUGAACAAACACAAGCCUUGGAUAGAGACAUCAUACCAUGGGGUGAUCACUGAAAACACUGAUGUUGUUCUGCUGGAUCCUCCUCUGGUUGCCCUGGAUAAAGAUGCCCCCAUCCCUUACGCAGGAGAGAUCUGUGCAUUCAACAUUCAUGGACUGGAGGCUCCGUUCAAGGCAGUGGUGUUGAAUGGAACGUCUGGCGAGGGUCAGCUGAGGGCUCGUGGCCUGGUGGACUGCGAGUUGCAAAAGGAGUACACCUUCAUCAUCCAAGCUCAUGACUGUGGUUCAGGCCCUGGGGGUGCGGAGGGCAAGAAGUCCCACAAGGCAGUGGUACAUAUCCAGGUCAACGAUGUGAAUGAGUUUGCCCCUGUGUUUCGAGAGUCACUGUAUCGAGCUGCUGUGACAGAGGGGAAGAUUUAUGACAGCAUCCUGCAAGUCGAGGCCACAGAUCAGGACUGUUCCCCACAGUACAGUCAAAUCUGCAACUACCAGAUCACUACCACUAACACGCCUUUUGCUAUAGAUCGAAAUGGUAAUAUCCGGAACACAGAGAAGCUGAGUUUUGACCGACAGCAACACUACAAGAUCCAGGUGACGGCUUGGGACUGCGGCCAGAAGAGAGCCUUGCACAGUGUCCCGGUGAACAUCGAAGUCAAGCCGGUCUGCAAACCUGGCUGGCAAGGAUGGAAUAAACGAGUGGACUAUGAGCCAGGAACAGGCAGUAAGCAGCUGUUUCCCAAGAUGCACCUGGAGACCUGUGGCGAGCCGCUGUCUUCAUUGAGGGUCACCGUGGAGCUGCAGACCAGCCACAUCGGAAAGGGCUGCGACCGGGAGACCUACUCUGAGAAAUCACUACAGAAACUUUGUGGCGCCUCAUCGGGCAGCACUGACCUCCUCCCUGCCCCCAGCACUGCCACCAACUGGACAGAUUCCCUGGUGUCUGACAGUGGACGGGACAGCGACCUGAUUUUCAGGUUUGACGGGCGUCAGGCGGCCAAAAUCCCCGACUGGGUGGUUCCCCAGAAUCUGACCGACCACUUCACAAUCGCAACGUGGAUGAAGCAUGGACCCAGCCCCGGGCUCAGAGCUGAGAAGGAGACACUGCUCUGUAAUUCUGAUAAAACCGAGAUGAAUCGUCAUCACUACUCGCUGUAUGUCCAUAAUUGUCGGCUGGUAUUCCUGCUGAGGAGGGACUUCACUCAGGUGGACACCUUCAGACCAGCAGAGUUCCACUGGAAACUGGAGCAGAUAUGUGACAAGGAGUGGCAUUACUACGUCAUCAACGUGGAGUUCCCGGUGGUGAUGCUCUACGUGGAUGGAGUCACCUACGAUCCCUACCUGGUGACAGAUGACUGGCCUAUCCACUCGUCGCAGAUUGAUGUGCAGCUUACAGUUGGUGCCUGCUGGCAAGGUGGGGAAGUCAGCAAGCCCCGGUUCACUCAGUACCUCCGGGGAAGCCUAUCUGGACUGACCAUCCGACCGGGGAAGAUCGAGAGCCAGAAAGUCAUUUCCUGUCUGCAGGCCUGCAAAGAGGGACUAGACAUUAACUCCCUUGAAAGUUUGGAUAAGAGUAUAAAGUUCCACUUCAACCCAGCUCAGUCCAUCCUGGUAAUGGAGGGAGAGAAUUUGGAGAACAUUAACACAGCUAUGAGGAAAGUUUCCUACAUAAACUCCCGCCAGUUUCCCACACCCGGAGUCCGCCGCCUGCAGAUCGCCACCACCGUCCAGUGUUUUGGUGAAGACACAUGUAUCACCAUCCCCAGCAUUGACGCCGUGGUGAUGGUUCUGCAGCCCAGUGAGCCCAGGAUCACCAUCAGUGGGGUGGAGAGACUCAGCCAGUCGGCCACUGACUUCAGGGAGGCGGGAGGCAUCACUCUGUUCCAGGACCUCCACAUUGUCAGUACUGUCACCAGGGCAGAUGCCACCCCCCGUCACGCAGCUCAUAAACCUGGUGUCCUGGAGGAGAUCAUUCAUAACUUGGACUAUUGUGAUAUCCUUGUGUUGGGGGAGGAGCUAAAUCCAAAGCAAGAAUCUCUCCAGCUGCAGCUAAGCUCACUUCUGGGAAAACACCUUGAUGCCACCAACUCUACAUCCGGCAUGUCCAUAUAUGGCGUGGACUCCAUGACAAACUAUGAACAGGUGAUCAGACAGGUACAUUACUACCACCUGCAGCCUGGACAGCUGACGGAGAGAAGGUUUCGCCUGACCUGCUCAGAGCUCAAUGGGCGCUACACUAGCAAUGAGUUCACCCUUGAGGUGAGCAUCUGGCACAGUUCAGAAACAGGGGAGCACAUCAGUCACAUGGUGGCCCCCCCUCAGUACAUGCAGGUGGUCCACCAUCCAUCCAUGAUCAGCGACCUGUACCCCAACCAUGUUUCAGGUAGGAAAACAGGCAUACCGAGCACUGCCACUGUGGUGAUCGUCAUGUGCAUCGCCGCCCUGGUGGUGGUGGUGGUGCUGGGCAUAUACCGCAUCCACGUGACCCACCAGCAGGAGGAGAAGCAGGCGGAGACGGCCAAGGAGGCAGACACAAACUGGGACGACUCGGCUCUGACUAUUACAGUCAACCCCAUGGAGAACAUGGAGAAUCAUGCAACAGGGGAGGAGGAGGCCAGCGAGGAAGAGGAUGAAGAAGAGGAGGAAUAUGAUGAGGAUGAGGAGGACGAAGAGGUCAGCAGCGAUGAGUCGGACGACAGCGAGGAGGAAGUGGACGUCCAGCUACCCAGGAUGCAACGCUCGAGCGAGAAGUCCCAAAGAUGGGACAAAACAACAAUAUGUUAUUGAAAACACAUACACAUACACUCAUACUAUCACUCUCCCCCCCCACACACACACAGACACACACAUUUCUCACAAUACAUCCUCAAUGAAAUCUCACCACAGAUGGCUGUAAACAACAAAAAGGGACUUUGCGUUCUUAAGAAAUGAAGUUUUGUUGCCCCCUUGUGGAAGAUUAAAUAAAACAGAAAAAAAUACAGAUCAGAGAAAUAUUGGGACACUACAACUGCUUCUUGAUCAACAAAGCUCAACAAACAUUGUCAGAUCUAUGUCCCUCCCUCAUUUCUACAAUCUUCAGUGAAAACAAGUUGUAUGAAAUCCAUUUUUUGUUGACUUGGUACCUUCCAUCCAGUUUGAUGUGUAAAAUUCCCCAUUCAGAUUUCGGAUGUCCCCAGGUUAAAAAUGCAAAACAGCCUUUAUUUAAGAAAAUAAUUAAUUGCAAAGGUUAAGAAAAUGAGACUAUUUUUUGGUUUGUAUACUUAUUAUUUAUCUGUCUUUAUUCUAGCCACUAUGGCAAAGCCAGGUGAUUUUACAGAAAAGCAUAUUUUCAAUGGUAUUUAAAAAAAAAAAACAAAGAAAAAAAGAUCAAUGUGCUGUUUCAGAUGUCAUGUCGAAUUAGAAGCCAGGUCUACUUUCUGGGUUUUUGGCAAUGGAAGAGGAGUCUCCUUGUACAUUUUUAUACGCUCCCUUCUUGUAAAUAUCAAGUAAAGUAGAUGAUACCCCUCCUCAUCCUUCUCCUUUAUCACUAUCCCUAAAUGUCCUAAAACUCUCUUCUCUCCUCCUGUACACAGCACACGUCACAUCUUUAUACACAAGCACACACUCUGACCCCUUAGCCGGCAAGAACACAAUCCAGAGUUUGUUUGUUUUUUUCCACCAAACCAGUUCCAAGAUUAACCAGAAUUUACAGGAGAGUUUUGAUGUUUGAACAGGUGAAACACCUGAAAACCUCUUUACUGGUCUAAGGUAGGGAGACCUGAGAACCACAAACCAAUUUUACUUAAUUUAUUGCCAUUUACAACUCUGUAUUUACAAAUUGUUGGUCCUUUAAAUUUUACUUCUGGUGUUUAUAAAUCCUCCUUGUGAUAGAAUGUCAAGUUAUUUUGUACUUUUGCAGUUUUGUGCAUUUCCUACCCUACCUUUUCACAAAACAUGCACCUAUUAUAUGUUGGUUUUUAGCUCCUGGAUCGCACCAUUUCAACUGAUAGUGGUUAAAAUUCAAAUGGAUGUGCUACUGCCUCUAUAGGUACUGCAUUUGUGAUGUACCUGUCAAAGAGUUCGCUCUGCUUACUUCAAGAACAAAUAUUGAUGGCACUGAGAAAGCAUUUUCUAAUCUUACGGCUGUGAAUGUUCCUUUAUUACUUACAAUAUGAGCAAAGGCGACAUCCCAAGCUAAAUAAUAUGAAGACAUUUUAAACUGUCUUUAGCACAUUAGCCAGACAAAAAAACAAAUUGCAACCUUGAUGUAAUAUGUUCAGCCUUCCUGUUAUCUGUGAAAGUUGGCUCCAUUGCCUUCUCCAGAUUUUUUGCUUGCUCUGUACUUAUUUUAAACACCUCACCGACACUGAAAAUAGCGUAUGCCGAAUCUUUUUCUCACAGUAACAACUUCCACUUGUGAUUAGUGUAACCUGGGAGCACUUGGAAAUGGUAUGUUAAUUGAUCAGGUUUCCGAUGAGUUCACUGGAUUCUCCUGGAACUGUUUUGGUGGAAAAACUGUAUGCUAGUGUUUUUAGAUGCUUUUGACCUGGGUUUGUUCAAGUGGAUAUGCCACUGCUUCUGUAGGGACUGAGUCAAGAAAACCACUUUUGUUCAGUGGUUAUGAAGCUGGAGAAGAUUAUGAGAAAGAUUAAAAUUAGAGUCAGCCGAUCUCUGACACAAUUUCACAACCUUAAAUGCUCCAAGUUGAGUUUUGCUGUCAGUUUUCACUCUUUCUGAACCGAAUAUUUGCAGCUUUAGUAUGACAUCUAGUGGCCAUAUAAUUAUUUGUCCAAUUUAAGAAACCCACUUGACUAGACAUUUCUGUACCAAAAACUGAUGAAUCUAACUACAGAAAUGAAAUGAAAGGGAUUAAAUAAAUUUACAAUGAAAUUAUGAGCAACAAUAAAGUGGUGCAGAAUUUAAAUUAGAGUGGAAAUGUGUAACGUCAAAUUAUUGUUCUAUUUCUCGCACAUUUAUCAAAUCAGCUGCACAUGGUCAAAAGUCCAUUAAAGGGAAUUCAGUCAUUUAAACAGAUGCUUACCCUUUCUUAAUUGUGUGCUAAUUGUGAGAAAUAUCUGCAGUAAGCCUGAACAUGCCAAACACCACUAUCCAGGUGAUCAGUCAGUCUAGCCUUGACAGAAUGCUAUGAAAGCAUUGCUGUUUCAUAACCCAUAAACGUGAUUUUCCACAUGAAUGAUAAGCAUUAACUAUUACAAUUUCCAAUGUGAAAAUCAAAAGCCUUGUAUCAUUUUUAGAGACUGUAUACACCCCCCACCCCCCAUAACUGUGAGCAGCCUUUUGAAAGUAGCACCGACUAAAGCCCAGCAUAAUAAUAAUAAUAAUGUAUAGAGACUGCCGCAGCAGUACAUAUAUCCCUGUUCAUUCCCCUCCACUUAAAUCCACAAAAUUGAGAAGUUGCCAGUAGCCUGGUGCAGCAGUAGGAGAAUUGGAAACAAAAUGAAUACAUUAUACAGUCACAUUUCAGUUGGUCAGAGACCUCAGAUGGAAGUUGUUUCACAUCGAAGUGAAAGGGCAUUACUCCCUGACCGUGGUCAUCCUGAUCCAGCCUGUAUGUACCGUUUGAUAGCAGAGAAACCAGAGAACAGUCUGAUGAGGAUUAAUCAAAGGGUUUGUUGCUGGAGAGUGGCCUCCUCUAACCUGGUGAGCUUUUUCCAGCUGUUCUCUCGGUAUAUUUUGGGCAAAUCUACUGUGUUUGUGUACUGUAAGCUCUAUUGUAUGUCCAUGUAAAGCUCUCAUAUGUUGUUUAGGAAUUCUCCUCAUCUACCUUGACACCUUGUCUUGUGAUGUCGCCUUCCCUCUGCACCCCAACCUGAAAACUUUGGUGGAUUUUGCAUCACCCUGAGCCCCGGUGUUGUCCUAAUAUUUGUUUUAGAAGAGGACAUUGGAAUUACCAUUGAAACCUUGUAUUGAAACGUGUAUAUUUUAUUAUAUUUUGUUUUGAUUUAUUUUUUGGACUCUUUGUUCUGUUUUUCUUUGGAAUGGUCACUACAGCACUUUCUGUAAAUUGGCCAAUAAAGACUUGUUUUUGAAUCAA